CCACAGUGGGCAAACCCAGCCACAGUUCCUCUGGCAGCUUACCCGAUAGCACAAUCUAAAGGCAUGGCCCCUCAUACCUCAAGCGUCAUCACGAGGGAAUAUACCGAAGAAAAGGUCACCAGGAAAGAGAAGUACAAGUUGAUGAAACCAGUGAUAGAGAAAAAGCGCCGGGAUCGAAUAAACCACAGCAUCGAACAGCUGAAGACUUUACUGGGAAGAGAGUUUCAGAAUCAAGAACCAAACAUGAAACUGGAGAAGGCGGACAUCCUAGAAAUGACAGUGAAUUUCUUGAAGCUUCACAACCAGCGCCUAUUCACAGUGACUUACACGACGAGUCUAACGCAGAAUUACAACGAAGGAUACUCGCGCUGUCUCCAAGAGAUUCAACAGUUUUCUUUUGCACAAGAGAGCAAGAAUGACAUUCAGAGGAAACUCGUGACCCAUUUGCACGGAGCUCAGAAUCCACCCGUGGACCCGUGUGAUCCCGCACCCGCUCUACCCGCUGUGCCCCAUCAGCCGGACACAGCCAACAAGCAGACAGCCCACCCCAGCACCAAAGUGCUUUGGAGACCCUGGUAGAGGGAGGUGGGCCACGUGUGGACUCAUUUCCCAGAACUCUGAGAGCAGUUACCCAACACUGGAGGUGUUUCUCUGGUGUCGAGAGGUAUUCCAGAAUGGAAGGGAGUGUGACUUUAUUGUCUUCACAUUGAAGAAGAUGUGUCCUUUUUCGAUUUAUAAUUUAAUGUUAAAUGGUGUAUUUUGAUGUACCGUCAUAGUCUAUGACAUGUACUCUUCUACAAUAUUUGUAGGUGACUGAAACCAUACCUAAAACUGACAACUAACUCGGCGUUGAUAUCGCCUGCUGUUAUAUGUAGGCUGUACCUGCACCGAUGUUGUUCUUUUAUAAAGAAGUGUCAGUGGUGUGUUUUAAGUAGUCUUCUUACUGAGGAGUGUUUUCAUCUUUUAAAAGGUGGAUGUGUAUGCAUAUUUCUAUAUGAUUAAAGUUUUAUAGUGUAUUUUUUUCUAAAUGUUGGUAUAAAUCCAUUUGAUUGCAAUGCUCUGCAUUCUCGUUCGGAUCAGAGCUGUUUUCUGCUGUUUUACAGUUUUCAUAUUCUUAAACAAGUUCAUCAUAUUUCCAAUAGUUUGUUAUCUUUAUUGGAAAUAAUAUUUAUCUGUCUACUGUGUAAAUACAACCUGCAUUGUUACAAUGCUUCAUCUGAACAUACUGUUUGCUGCAUUUGUCCAUUCGAUCCCACAUGUCUCGUAAAUGGGAAUAAGACCUGCAUUCACAAAUCUGUGUUUAAUUGAGUAUUUCAUUGUAACAAUGCUAAAUGCGAAUA